AAUAAUAAUAAUAAUAAUAAUAAUAAUAAUAAUAAUAAUAAUAAUAAUAAUAAUAAUAAUAAUAAUAAUAAUAAUAAUAAUAAUAAUAAUAAUAAUAAUAAUAAUAAUAAUAAUAAUAAUAAUAAUAAUAAUAAUAAUAAUAAUAAUAAUAAUAAUAAUAAUAAUAAUAAUAAUAAUAAUAAUAAUAAUAAUAAUAAUAAUAAUAAUAAUAAUAAUAAUAAUAAUAAUAAUAAUAAUAAUAAUAAUAAUAAUAAUAAUAAUAAUAAUAAUAAUAAUAAUAAUAAUAAUAAUAAUAAUAAUAAUAAUAAUAAUAAUAAUAAUAAU